GUCCAAACGUCAGAGACAUUGGACACAAAAAGUCUCCCGCUCCCACCACCCCGUCCCACUAGCAUCCCGAAGCUCACCAGUUUCAGCAUUUCCCUUCCCGCUUCACACAACAUCCCAUCUUCAUCACUCCUUGGAACUUCUGGCAUCAUCCCAGCUUUUUCGGUCUCGCUACCCAUCUUCUUAUCUUAAGCUUGAGCUCGAGCUCGUCCCCUUACAAGAACGCCUGAUCCACACCAGCUCAGCGUACAAAACGACCGAUUGAGCUUCGUCUUCGACAACCUCAUCUCCCUCGACCCGUCGCUACGACGUAAAAGCACGGGAAAAGAUGACAACCUCCCUCCCCCAAGAACCAAUCUGCCUCCUCCGCCGUCUGAAAGACCUCGCCACCCUCUCGACCCCAUCGACCCCCUCGAGGAAAUCAUACCCUUCCAUCAAGAGCAUUCCGCGCACAUCCCCCUCCCGCCUCGCAGCAGCAGCAACCGACGAUACAUCAUCUGCCGCCGCAGCAGAACAGCAAUCCGUCCUCUACCUAGCCUACGGCUCCAACCUAAGCGCAGAAACAUUCCUCGGCGCCCGCGGCAUCCGCCCGCUCUCCCAAGUAAACGUCUCCGCGCCCGGUCUAUCCCUCGUCUUCGACCUCCCCGGCCUACCCUACACGGAACCCUGCUUCGCCAACUCGGCGCCCCGAAAGAUUCCCAAAUUUCCGGACCCGAGCGAUCCACCAAAGUUUCCGCCUGUGCCGCCCCUACCGCCUCCGGCCGAGUCGAAGCAGACAAACAAGGGUACGAGCACGAUACCGACAACACCAGACCUGGGCUGGGACAAAGGCCUCUUCGGCGUAGUCUACGAAGUAACACCCCAAGACUACGCCACAAUCGUAGCAACAGAAGGAGGCGGCUCCUCUUACAAGGACAUCCUCACCCCCUGCAUCCCGCUCCCGCCCCGCGUCUCCGUCCCCGAAAAGCCGCCCGUCGAUAUCCCGCGCCCGUUCUUCGCGCACACGCUCUUCUCCCCGUCCAUCCCGGAUGCUGAGCCAGAGGAACCUGACACCGCCUCAUCUUACACCUACAAUAACAACACCGCCGACGACGACGACACACCAACACCCCCAACAGACCCCCGCAAGAAAUGGUACUACCGCUUCCUCCGCCCAACCCGCCGCCCCGACCCAGCCUACGCACAACCUUCCCCCCGCUACCUGACACUCAUCACCUCCGGCGCGGCAGAACACGAGCUCCCGGACGACUACCAGCGCUGGCUGAACUCCCUCGUGCCCUACACACCCACCUCGUGUCGGCAGAAACUCGCGCAGUGGCUGCUGAAGGCGCUCUUCCUCCCCGUUUUGUUGGUGUUUUUUGCGCUGAACAAGAAGGUGGCGAAUAAGGAGGGGAAAGUACCUGUUUGGUUGGGUGUUACGUUGGGGCCUGUUUUUGGGGAUGGGGAGAGGACGCAGGAGGAGGAUGGUGAUGACGGAGAGAAGAGGUGGGCUAGGGGGAGGUCGUGGAGGGGACAGGGUGCUGGUAUCGAUGAGGAGAAGUUGGGAUUACUUGAGAAUAUGGACUGAGGAUAUUAAAGGGAUACACAGAGAAUCUUGGCACAGCGUCGUGUACCCAGUCAGACAACGAGGAGGAUGUCCUAUGGCGAUGUACCUACUUGGACAUUGGGGGAAAAAGAGUUCACCACCGGUGUGGCUACAUCUCUCGGCGCUCAUGCUGGGAAUCGAACUCGAACUCGUAGCCUG